CUUGAAUCACGUUAUUUUGAGUGUGUCGACUCUGCAGAUUAGGAGGAAACCAGACAGUAGUGAGAGAGAUGUGGUGGGUUUUGUGGGUGCUCGCUGCCUUGCUGGCUCUCUUCUGCUGUCUGGAUGUAUGGUACUUCCUACGGGUGCCUUUGGUGAUCCUCCGGGCCUGGUUCCAGCCUCCGGUCUGGGAUAUCACAGCAGAGCAGACCGUGACAGGCCGCGUCACUCCCCGCGACAUCGACAUGUGCCACAUGAACAAUGCUCGUUACCUGCGUGAGUGUGACUUUGCCCGCUUCUCUCUCUACACACGUAAUGGUGUGUUCAAGGCCCUGCGAGCCCUCGGAACCUCCAUGGUAGUCGGGGCUACCACCAUCCGUUACCGCAGGGCUCUAUGUAUUGGUGAAGGUUAUGAGCUGCGGAGUCGGAUCGUCACAUGGGAUGACAAAGCCUUUUUCCUGGAGCAGAGAUUCGUGUCGACAAAGGAUGGAUUGGUGUGUGCUGUCAUGUACUGCAAGCAGAGUGUCAUACGCAGCAGCCCGGACAAAAUCAUGCAGCACCUGUGUAAGCGGAAGGUGGAGUGCCCAGAGUUUCCAGAGGAUCUUCAGCACUGGGUCAACUUCAUCUCCGCCAGCAGCCAGGCCCUCAGGGCAGAGAGUGGACUAGAGGAGAAGAACAAAUAAGGCUGGACAUUGCACAGGCAGUUAUAAAGAUUGGCUUUUUGUUUAGCCAGCUAACCUGCCAAUUAAUCAAAGCUAUCUAAGGGAAGUUAUCUAACUGCAAUGUCCACUGUUGUCUGUCUUCAGUGAUGACAUUUACUUGACUUAAACACACAUGUGCCUACAAUUCUGAAAACUAGCUUUACUUAAAUCCCAAUACAUGCCAGACACUGGAGUAACCAGCUAACCAUGUCGUUAGCAAGGUUGAAAAGCAGGGUGAAUAAUCCUCACUUACCGGUACAAUAGAAAAGCAAUAUGAUUGUAUAAAGUGUAUGUUCUUGCACUAUGGCAGCAAUAAAACAAUUCAGUUUUGAA